AUGGGGUUUUUCAGGAGAAGGGUUCCUAAAAUUCCCAGAGCCCUCAUUUGGCUCAUUCUUUUAAUACACCUUGGCAUCUUCACUGCUUAUUUCAACUCCCUUUUUGGCUUGUCAAAGACGUGGAUUUUGAGGCAACUGGGCGUUUUCCAGCAUGCCCCACGUAUGCUACAAGAGGACACCCAGGAUCAUCAGGGUUUAAACUACUCUGAUAAUGGGGACUCAAGGGGCUUUUUAAAGGUGACUUUGGGGAGAGACAUCACGAGGCUUGAACAAGAUACGGUUGAGAGGACACCAAGAUGGGAAGGAAAGGACAAGCAGAAGAAAAUGAUGAAACCAGUUGCCAGGGUGGAGGAAGCAAAGGAGAACAUGACUGUGAAACCACCUCCUGGGUUGGAGAGAAUGAAGAAGACAACAGUGAAAACAGGCCCUAGGGUGCAGGAAAACAAGACGAAAACAACAGUGAGACCAUCCCCAGGGAUGGAAGAAGCCAAGGAAAAGACAAUAGUGAAACCACUUCCCGCUGUGGAGGAGAAGGAGAAGGCAACAGUGAAACCAUUCCCUGGGGUGAAGGGAGCUCAGGAAAACAACAUAUCCAAAGACCAAACAAAGCCAACUGUAAGACCUGUUCCUCAGGCUGCUGCAGUGACUGAAAAGAAGAAACUGAGGGCUGCUGACUUCAAGUCUGAGCCACGGUGGGAUUUUGAGGACAAGUACCUGCUGGACAACUCAUCUCCACCAUCGACCUGCUCUGAAUCAGUGAAGGCCAAAGCUGUCAAGUCUGACUGGCUGCGACAUCUUUUCCUGCCCAACAUCACGCUCUUCACAGACAAGCGAUACUUCAGUGGCAGUGAGUGGGACCGCCUGGAGCAUUUUGCACCUCCGUAUGGCUUCAUGGAGCUGAAUUAUUCACUGGUGGAGGAGGUCAUGUCCCUGCUGCCCCCAAAUCCCCACCAGCAGCUGCUCCUGGCCAACAGCAACAGCAGCGUGCCGACAUGCAUCAGCUGUGCCGUUGUGGGGAACGGAGGAAUACUGAAUAACUCUGGGAUGGGCCAGGAGAUUGACUCCCAUGACUACGUCUUCCGGGUGAGUGGGGCUGUGAUCAAAGGUUACGAAAAAGAUGUGGGAACAAAAACCUCCUUUUAUGGAUUCACAGCCUACUCCCUGGUGUCCUCUCUCCAGAUCUUGAGAUACAGAGGGUUCAGCCACAUCCCACAGGGAAAAGAUGUCAGAUACAUUCACUUCCUAGAGGGAGCUAGAGACUACGAGUGGCUGAAGGCUCUUCUGCUGAACAAGAACAUCAGGGAUGGAUUCUUGAACAUCUACGGGCAGAGGCCCCGGGAGAGGUUUGAUAAGGAUUUCACAAUGGACAGAUACUUGGUGGUUCACCCCGAUUUCCUCAGAUACAUGAAAAACAGGUUUUUAAAAUCUAAAAGUCUGCAGAAGCGCUACUGGCGGCUGUACAGACCCACAACGGGGGCCUUCCUGCUGCUGACUGCCCUCCAUCUCUGUGACCGGGUGAGCGCCUACGGCUACAUCACGGAGGGUCAUGAGAAGUACUCGGAUCACUACUAUGACAAAAACUGGAAACGUCUGGUUUUCUACACUAACCAUGACUUCAACCUGGAGAAGCAGGUGUGGAAAAAGCUUCACGAUGAGAAUAUCAUGAAGCUUUACCAGAGAUCCUGA